CGGAGGAGCCGACAAGAGCCGAAGACAAGAUAACGUUGCCAGAAGGAGCCGAGAACUUCCGAAGUUAAAACUAGAGCGCCGGAAGAAGCCGAGAAGACCCGAAGACUAGUGAAAUAGUUAAAGGCACCGCGGGAGAGCUCGGGCCUGGUGCGUGACGACAAGAUGGCAGAGCUGAGUGAUGAAGCCAGCGAGACAGAAAUGCUGAGCCGCAGUCUGUCCAUUUGGUACGGGGAGCCCCAUGAUGAUGAGGAGUUGCCGCUGGACCUGCACACUGCAGCCUCUAUUGGGCAGUAUGAGGUGGUUCAACACUGUAUGCGCAGGAGGGGUGUUGAUCUAAACCAGCAGAACCUGGGGGGAUGGACGCCCCUUAUGUAUGCCUCUUACAUUGGCCAUGAUGCAGUAGUCAGCCUGCUGCUGGAGGCAGGUGUGGACGUGAACUGUAGAACUCCUAGCGGACAGACCCCUCUGAUUCUGGCGGCCAGCUGCGGGAAUGAGAGUGUGGCCUACUUCUUGCUGCAGCAAGGGGCAGAGCUGGAGGCAAGAGAUAGCCGAGGCUGGACAGCUUUAUUUCACUGCACUAGUGCGGGGCACCAGAGGAUGCUUCGGUUCCUUUUGGAGAAUGGAGCCAAUGGAGAUGUCAGAGAACCUCUCUAUGGCUUCACACCUCUCAUGGAAGCUGCGGCAUCUGGUCAUGAGAUAAUAGUGCAGCACCUACUGAAUCAUGGAGUGAAGGUGGCUGAGACAGAUAGAAAUGGAGAUACCGCUCGCAUGUUGGCAGCAAGGUUUGGACACUCCAGGAUUGUUUCUCUGCUGGACUCUCAUCGUCCUCGGGGGUCCAGAACUCAUAGCAGGGGAUCAGCAGUGCGCCAUGAAGAUCUCAGCUCUUCAGAUGAGUCUACUUCAGCUCCUCAACGUUCCAGACCUCAGCGAAAGCCCAAGGGUCCCAGCAUUCACGAUGGGCCCCAAGCCUUAGCCAAGAUGACAGGGGGAGGAGGAGGCAAUGUCCCACCUAAAGGGUAUGUGACAUUUAGUGGCCAGGAUGCUGCCGGCGAUGAAGACUUGUGUUACAGAGAUGUCACUUCUCCUAUCAAUGAGCAUGAUGUGGAGAGCAAUGGCAGCAGCAGAGAUGAAGACGACUCUGGUAGACUGCAGAGCAGCAGUAGCGAGGGCCCAUGUCCCAAUCCAGAUGUGAGCAGUGAAGCUUCCCUGGAGAGUAAUGAGGAUUCUGACUCUGCAGAAACCACAAGCCGAAAACCAUCCAAACCAUUGGCCAAGGGGAAACAGCGCAAUGGAGAUACCCAAACUUUUCCAGGGGGUUCAGACUGUAGGUUUUCCAAUUCUCUGCUGAACCUGGAAGCGCCGGCCUAUACAGGGCCUAAGGACCUAGCGGAGAUGCUGGAGCAGAUUGGCUGCUUAAAGUACUUGCCUGUCUUUGAAGAGCAAGAUGUGAAUUUGCGAAUCUUCCUUACUCUUACAGAGACAGACCUACGUGAAGUUGGCAUCAGCCUGUUUGGUCCCAAGAGGAAGAUGACUUCAGCCAUAGCUCGCUGGCACAGCUCUGCUCGCCCACCUGGGGAUGCCCUGGAGCAGGCCUACGCCGACCGGCUGGAGGCAGAGAUGCAGGAAUUAGCCAUACAGCUGCAUAAGAAGUGUGAGGAGACAGAAUUGCUAAAGGCACAGGUAGCCCAGGAGCGGGAGCUGCGUACCGUGGCUGAAAGUUGCCUUAUGGAGCAAGAAUCUCAAUGGAGAACCUUCCGAUGCCAACUGGAGACCACGGGUACCCAUGCCAAUGAUGCCCAGCGUGCCAUCACACAGCUCAGGAGCUGCCAGCAGGAGCUCUCCCACCGACUGGGCAAAGUUACUGCUCCAAGAACAAGGGGUCCUCCUGGCAGAACUGCAGGCCUUGAAGGGAUCAGUACGGCUUCUGUGAAGUCCAUGUCAAUGGUAGAACUUUCCACAUCAUUGGAAGAAAUUGCUGCAACAUUAGGGAAAUCAACAAGAGCAGUACAGGAAAACCUGGAGAAGCUGCGAAUGCCAGACAAGGGGAGACAUAAAUGGCCGGAUCCAUGAUCCGUAAGUCACAUCUCUAUUGUUCUUAAGACGGCGGGUGAAGUUUUUCCACCCCGAAGAUGUCGGAGCGUGUUGAUCACAGUGGCGGCGCCUCUCGCUUACAGCGCCCUCUUCAGGAUAUUACAGGGCACAGAGGACUGGGAGACAGAUCUGCAGAUUCAGCGAUAUUCUAAGAUGCUUUCCAUCAGCAACGAGAGAGCAGGGUUUUUAAUAAGACAUAGAUUAGGAUUAUACAUGCAGGUUCCCCAUAGGGAGAGGGGAUUAAUGAUUUAAAGCAAUAAGUACCUGUGGCUUUUAAAGGGGAACCACGUGACAUUGGUUAAAGCUUUUAUGAGAAAUGGGAUUAGUGAAUUUAAUACUCUGCAGGUGGCAGAUUUUAAAGACCUAUUUUUAUCCUCACAAUAAAAUAAACAAAAAAAACAAAAGA